UUAACACGGUCGGAAGAGAUUGACGAAGGCCUUUGUGACGUAAGGAGCACGACCUGCAGUCGCUUUCUCUCUCCCCUUCCCUCUGUGUGAGACGACCCGGCCCAGCUAAUAAGAAGGCCGAAUCCAGGUCUCAGAUCAAAUCAUUUCGACUUGGUGUGAUAGCAGACGGAGCCGCUAUGGAUACCUCCCAGCUGUGCAAGUUAUUUAUCGGAGGGCUUAACGUGCAGACUUCCGAAGAAGGCCUGCGGGAGCACUUCGAGACCUACGGACAGCUUACCGACUGUGUGGUGGUGGUGAACCCGCAAACCAAGCGCUCCCGGUGCUUCGGCUUCGUCACGUACUCCAAUUCCGAAGAGGCAGACGCAGCCAUGGGAGCCUCCCCGCAUGUGGUGGACGGCAGCAAUGUCGAGCUGAAGCGCGCCGUCUCCCGGGAGGACUCGGUGAAGCCCGGAGCCCACGCGAAGGUGAAGAAGCUCUUCAUCGGCGGCCUGAAGGAGGGGGUCGACGAGGACGACUUGUUCCAGCACUUCUCACAGUUCGGCAAGGUGGAGAAAGCCGAGAUCAUCGCUGACAAAACGUCCGGCAAGAAACGCGGCUUCGGGUUUGUCUACUUCGAGGACCACGACUCUGCCGACAAGGCCGCUGUGGUCAAAUUCCACCCAAUCAACGGGCUCCGCGUGGAGGUGAAGAAAGCUGUACCGAAGGAGGACAUUCAGUCCGGCCCCUCUAAGACUUUCCGCGGCGGCAGAGGAGGAGGCGGCGGCAGGGGCCGCGGUGCCGGCAGCGGAGGAUCCCGAGACCUCAAUGGCAUUCCCGGUGGCGGUAAAGGCGGAUUCGGAGGUUACGGUGCUCCCAGCCAGAGCUACAGCAUGUACGGGGGUUACGGCGAGCAAGGAGGAGGAGGAGGAUACGGUAAUGGCUACAAUAGCUUCGGCAGUUACACUCAGCACCCGUCCUCGUACGGCCCCAUGAAAACGGCCGGAAACAGCGGCAGCUGGGGGCGCAGUAGCAGCAGUGCAGGCCCUUACCGAGGGGGCUAUGGGGGUGGGGGCUACGGCAGCGGAGGCUACGGUGGAGGAAAUUCUUAUGGUGGCGGCGGCUCGUUUUAAAGAUCGGGCCUGGGAAAAAAUGGGAGAACGCAAAGUAGACUGACUCCAUUUUUUU